AUGGGCUUUGGCGAUGUGCUGGACGGCAGCAUCUUUUUGCAAUGUAUGGGAAUCUUUCGCCAUAUAACAGUUGCACCUAGGGACAUUUGGUGUGCUGGUUCUCUGUUCGACAAGUGGGCAAAUGCUGUCAACUCGGAUGACCCAUCUCCACAAUCCGAGCUUAUCAAAAUUGACCGAAUCGAGAAACUCAUAGAUUUGCGUGGAUUAAGGGUUCUUCCAACUGGGAAUAACUGUGAAGGUCUGGUCACCGCUUGCCAACGUCUAAGUCGAAUAGGAGACGAGAUCGUUGAACAACUGGUAGAGUGGACUAAGAUGCUGCCGUUUUAUGCUGAAUUGCCAGUGGAGGUGCAUACUCAUCUUCUUACACAACGAUGGGCUCAGUUGGUUCUUCUAUCAGCUUGUUUCUACUCUUGCUCUAGUACCACAAUGAUCAAUGACGAAGCAGUUGUUUCCACCACUAUGGUUGAUGGAAACGAAGAGGUAGUGUGUAAAGUUUCGUUACUGGACUCUUCUGUGAACAUUCGCCUUCUUCAAAAGCGGCUAUCUGCAGUAAUGGGAAGAACAAUUCCGCUCGAACACGUUAUAAAGGAGGCUGGUCCACUUGUCGAGAAGUUCACCGCUUUGCUGCAUUCUUUUUCAAAGAUGAAAAUAACGACGGAAGCUUAUGUUUGCAUCAAAGCUAUCACGCUCCUUCACUACAACCAUAAUUUGGGAAGCAGCAGUGUGGACGAAUCAGUCUUUACACGAAAGGUCACGCGUAUUCAAGACCAAUUCGUAAAAGCACUUCAAAUUCAUCUCAUACAAAAUGAGGGGACAACACGUUUGAGCGACAUUUUAACCUGGCUACCUAUGCUUCAAAGCGCUUCGUCUGUUCUCUUACAUUCAAAGAUGUUCUAUGUGCCAUUUCUGAUCUGCAAAAACCCCCAUCGAUUUGUUGGGCAAGAUGAGCGACUACAAUGA